AUGGUUGCUCAGGAUAUAAAGUUAGAAUACGAUCGCAGAGCGAACAUGUUUGGACAAAAUCCAAAUUUUGCGACAUCGUCAGCUUGGCCUCAGCAGAGCUCUACACAGAGUUCAGCUUCGUUGGCAGUGCAACCCUCUGUCAUUGAUGGUGGUUCGUUUCUGAAUGCUCCGCUCCAGGAUUCGAAUAAUGCCUACUCUCCAAACAUGUCUUUCAGCAAUAAUUCUGGUUUGUCGCUGUCUAGUCAGGCACAUAUGGGCUUUCCUGUGGCUGAUCAUAUUCCAUCCACCUCUACACAGAAUCCUCAUAGUGGUGGUGUUGUCACGCAUCAACAGAGUGCUGUGAACAGUACUCACAAUCGCUCUUCACACCGUGAAUCCGCCACUUCUCCAUUGAGAAAAUUAAGCGUUGAUUUGAUCAAAACUUACAAAGGCAUCAAUGAGAGUUAUUAUGCACGAAAGGCGAAAAGGCGACAUGAGCAAGAGCAUCAUACUCAUGGACUUCAUCCAGCAGCUCUCUCCGAACAUCAUCAUGCUGCGCCACCACCCAAACAAGCUGUUUCACUCAGUCAACAAAUUACUUCAAAUUUGAUGCAGCAAGGCCGUUCGCAACAUGUUCAGCAUUCGAUGUUUUCCCAGGCUGCUGGCAUCCCCUCACUCUUACAUCAUUUACACGUGCAGGUCGUUGAAAAUCCGCGUUCUGGAAGUCAUAACAACGGUUAUGACGAUGAAAAUCAUGACUAUAUCAUACAUCCGGGUGAACUUUUCAACAAUAGGUAUCAGAUUGCAUGUCAUCUUGGUAAAGGCUCUUUUGGACAAGUUGCGAAAGCGUAUGAUACUGUGGAGCAGCAGGAUGUUGCUAUAAAAAUUAUAAAAAAUAAAAAGCCAUUCCAUGAUCAAGCUCAAAUUGAAAUUCGAUUACUUGAAAUGAUGAACAGUCAAGAAUCUGAAAGCAAACAUUACGUUGUGAAACUGAAGACUCACUUCAUGUGGCGUAAUCACUUGUGCCUUGUUUUUGAACUUCUUUCGUACAAUUUGUACGACUUAUUAAGGAAUACGGAUUUCCAUGGUGUUUCGCUCAAUCUCACAAGGAAGUUUGGGCAACAGCUGGCCAGUACAUUGAUGUUUCUUUCAUCGCCUCAACUAAAUAUCAUACAUUGCGAUUUAAAACCCGAGAAUGUUCUGUUAUGUAAUCCAAAACGCUCUGCGAUCAAAAUAAUCGAUUUUGGUUCAUCAUGUCAACUUGGUCAUCGUAUUUAUCAAUACAUACAAUCAAGAUUUUAUCGAUCACCUGAAAUCCUCUUGGGUUUGCAGUACGACACAGCCAUUGAUAUGUGGUCUUUAGGAUGCAUAUUGGUUGAGAUGCACACUGGUGAAGCAUUGUUCGCUGGUACUUGUGAGCAUGAUCAAAUGAUGCGUAUUAUUGAAGUAUUAGGUAUGCCACCAAAUCAUAUGAUUGAAGCAGCACCAGCUGAAAAACGAAACAAGUUUUUUGAGAAAGAUGAUGGCGAUGUUAACUCAGUCCUCAACAAUUUACUCAUGAUGGCUAUAUUCGAACGACCUAGAAAAAAGUGUGAAAAAUGUUGGUUGAACAACAGCGAUGGAGGAGAACUUUGA